AAAUCAAAAUAAUCCUUUCCAAUCUAUAUCAUAUGUGAAAAGAUAGCCAAUAAUUCAUUGCCAGUCAACUUAUCCUAUAAAUUAAGCCCCACGAGAUCAGUUGUAAUUUUUAAGUUUAGUUUGUUUUGUGAGAGAUGGAUUUCUUGAGCUGUAUAGUACUCCUGUCUUUGUGCUCUCUCUCUUGGUUCUUAAUCCAAGCCCUCCAGAGGAGAACCAGAGUUAGGCUUCCACCAGGACCAAAGCCAUUUCCAUUGAUUGGUAAUCUUUUUGAAGUUGGAGACAAACCUCAUCUCUCUUUCACCAAGCUUUCACAACACUAUGGCCCCAUAAUGUCUUUGAAACUAGGCCAACUAACCACUAUUGUAGUUUCUUCAUCAACCAUGGCCAAAGAAAUCCUUCAAACACAUGAUCAAUUGUUUUGCAACCGAACAAUCCUAGAUGCGAUGCGAGCAGCGGCAGACAGCUUGCCCUUUAUGCCAGUAUCACCAAGGUGGAGAAAGCUUCGCAAAAUAUGCAGCUCCCAAUUGUUUGCCACCAAAGUUCUUGAUGCCAACCAAGCAAAUCGGCAAGUGAAAGUGCAAGAGCUCGUAGAUAGUGUCAAUGAGAGCAUGGUACAUGGUGUGGCAGUAGAUAUUAGAGAGGCUGCUUUUGAAACUACCCUCAAUUUGCUGUCAAGGACUUUUUACUCUUUCGAUUUGGCUGCUACUGCAAGUAGUAGUAGUGAGAUGGCCAGAGAGUACAAGGAGAUCGUUUGGGGCUUAGGGGAAGAGGCUGGGAAACCGAAUUUGGGGGACUAUUUUCCAGUGCUUAGGAAGCUUGACCCGCAAGGCAUAAGGCGGCGCUUUACGAAUCACUACAACAGGAUUUUAGGCUUCACUGAAUCUGUGAUUGAUCAAAGGUUGGAAUCUAGAAAAGGAGAUGAUUAUGUCACAACUAACGAUAUGUUAGAUUCUGUUAUAAGCAUCAGUGAAGAGAAAAAUGAGGAGGAUAUGAACAAACCCCAAGUUAUUGAGCACUUGUUUAUGGCUCUAUUUACUGCGGGCACAGACACAACUUCAGACACAUUGGAAUGGGCAAUGGCUGAGUUACUACAUAACCCAGAAAGCCUCUUGAAAGCUCAAGAUGAGCUGGAUAGUGUGCUUGGGAAGGGAAAAUUAAUUCAGGAGUCAGACAUUACUCAACUACCUUACUUACAAGCAAUAAUCAAAGAAACAUUCCGGUUACACCCAGCAGUCCCAUUCCUAGUGCCACGAAAAGCAGAAUCAGAUGUAGAAAUCGGAGGGUACAUUGUCCCAAAGAAUGCGCAAGUUCUAGUUAAUGCUUGGGCCAUAGGCAGAGACCCUAGCAUUUGGGACAACCCAAACUCUUUUAUGCCGGAGAGGUUCUUAGGAUUGGAGAACCAAAUUGAUGUUAUGAGAAGAAACUUUGAUCUUAUUCCAUUUGGUGGUGGAAGAAGAAUAUGUCCUGGACUACCACUGGCAAUGAGAAUGUUACACUUGAUGUUGGGUUCACUCAUUAAUUGCUUCAAUUGGAAACUUGAAGAUGGAGUUAUAUCUGAGACUAUGAACAUGGAAGACAAGUUUGGCCUCACUUUAAAAAUGGCUCAGCCACUUCGAGUUGUGCCCAUGCCAUUAAGUUAUAAUUGAUUUCUAAUCGAACUGCAGCUUAAUAUCUAGUAAUUUUCUUAUAUAUUUCCUUGAAAGUUUUAUGUUAAAAAAAUAAAAAAAUAAAACUUUCAAGCUAGGUUAAGAUUGUGUGGAAAGAAAAAUAAAACUCAAGAGUGGUAAAAUUUAUGGCUUCCAAUAGUUGGCCAUGAACUUUGAAUUUAUGGCUUGCUUAAAUUGGCUAUUUGGUCUAUGCCUUGCUGCCGUUUGUGUACUCUUCUUCCUUUCUUCAUUAAAGAGAAAUUCUCAAAUAAGUAGUUAAGUA